AAAGGCGUGGAAAUGAGCAAGGUGUAAGAACCAUAUCAUAAAGUACGUGUCACUUCUUCGCCUUCUUGUUAAUUUUCAAUGCAUUUUCCCAUAAAUAUUCCGGGAAAAUCAUCGAGAGAAAAUUCAUCAGUCUAAGUCGUAAAAUCCCAUUUCAGCUUGCUUCCUGAAUUGAUCGACAUUACUUGAAUAAUGGCUCUCCAGGUUAGCAGUGCAUUGUUGGCUGCUACUUUCAGUCCCAGGAAAGUUCAGAGAAUCAGAGCCGCUGUUUCAACAGAAACGGAAGAAGGGAAGGCGAAACUGGGGGGUUCUGAGUUGAAAGUGUCGAGGCUUGGGAUUGGAGCUUGGUCUUGGGGUGACACCAGUUACUGGAACAAUUUUGAGUGGGAUGAUAGGAGGAUGAAGGCAGCUAAGGCUGCUUUUGAUACCAGUGUAGAUUGUGGUAUUACCUUCUUCGAUACUGCCGAGGUUUAUGGCUCAAGGAUGUCGUUUGGUGCAAUAAAUUCCGAAACACUACUAGGAAGAUUUAUUAAGGAAAGAAAAGAAAGGAAUCCUGAAGUGGAGGUUGCUGUUGCAACCAAAUUUGCAGCAUUGCCAUGGAGGCUGGGCCGUCAGAGUGUCCUUACUGCCCUUAAGGACUCACUAUGUCGUCUUGGGCUUUCUUCAGUGGACCUCUAUCAACUCCAUUGGCCAGGAGUAUGGGGAAAUGAAGGAUAUAUUGAUGGUCUUGGAGAUGCAGUGGAGCAGGGUCUCGUGAAGGCUAUUGGGGUUUCCAACUAUAAUGAAAACCGUCUUCGUGAUGCAUAUGAAAAGCUUAAAAAACGAGGCAUCCCACUGGCUUCAAACCAAGUCAAUUACAGUCUAAUCUACAGGCUUCCAGAAGAGAAUGGUGUGAAGGCAACCUGUGAUGAACUUGGGAUCACUUUGAUUGCAUAUUCACCUAUUGCUCAAGGUGCUUUGACAGGAAAGUAUACACCAGAAAAUCCUCCCACUGGUCCUCGAGGGAGGAUUUACACCCCUGAGUUCCUGACAAGGCUCCAACCUUUGAUAAACAGAAUCAAGGAGAUAGGACAGAACUAUGGGAAAACUCCCACACAGGUCGUCCUUAAUUGGUUAAUAUCUCAAGAGAAUGUUAUUCCAAUUCCGGGGGCCAAAAAUGGUGAACAGGCUGCAGAGUUUGCUGGUGCACUGGCAUGGAGACUCACCGAUGAAGAGAUUGAAGAGCUGCGUUCUUUGGCAUCAGAAACAAAACCUGUUAUUGGUUUUCCUGUAGAAAAAUUGUAAAAUUCACACUAAGCAUGUGUACACAAAUGCAUUUUCGAUAUCAAUAACCUAUACCCUUGAGAGCUUAAAUUUCCACAUAUGCCCACAAUACUCAUGCUUGUUUGUAGUUCUAAUGAUUUGUAAAAGCAUAGGUUCUGUUUGUUUGCUAAAUUGUGAAAUUAUUCUUAAUAGCAAUGAAAAAUUGUAAGCUUUCAUACUCUUCUA